AUGGGUUCCUCAGCGACGCCCACCGGUUCUGCGACCGCCGAAGCCGUCGAUCCAUUCUCCACGAACCCGUACUCCCUCCAUAGCGCAGUUCACGGCCGCCGCUCCGAAUAUGUGCGCCUCCAUCGCAUGCGCAUAAAGAUUGGAACUUGGAAUGUCGCCGCGUGCCCGGGCACGGAUAAAGACCUUGCCAGGUGGUUCAUCGACGAGGAAGGGUUGGACCCCGCCCUCGGGUCGUCGAAGCCGCCCGAUAAUGGAACGGGGCAAUGGGAAGGGAGCCAGGACGGGUUCCAUGACAUUGGGGAACCCAUAGAGCUCUCAAAAAAAGGCAGGAUCGGGCUCUACGUUCUCGGGCUUCAAGAGGUUAAUGUCCUCACGGCCCCGAGCCAGUACAUGUCCUGGAUCUACACCGCCGACGACACGACGAUGACAAAGUGGAAGGCAGCUAUUGAGGCUGCGCUGCCAACCGACUACCAGCUUGUUGCUGCCGAGCAGUUGGCGGGUCUGCUGUUGCUGGCCUACGCCUCGCCUGAGAUUGCCCCGACAAUAAGCAAUGUCAGCACCAGCGCCGUCGGCACUGGCGCCCUCGGAUACUUGGGGAACAAGGGGGCAGUUUGCACCCGCAUUGUGGUCGGAGAGGCCACGCAGUUAUUGUUUGUUAAUUCCCACUUGGCGAGCGGCGUUGAGGACUAUUAUCUGGAUCGCCGAGUCAGCCAGGCGCAACAGAUCAUAACUCAAGCACGAUUCGAGCCCAUCACCAUUUCCGGUGUUUCUGAAGAGGAGAAAGGCAAGAUUGGUGACGAGGACUUCGCUUUUUGGUUUGGUGACCUCAAUUUUCGUUUGGAUCGCUUGCCUGGCGACGACAUCCGGCGAUUGUUGUUGCUCCACACCCGAGGCGAAUACGACCUAUCCAAGCGGGAGUUGCGCCGCGAGAGCUCGCUCGAGGGAGAGCCCAUCGUGGUCGAUCGCCUAUCCGAUAGUAGCGACGAGGCUGGUGAUAGAGAUCCCGGCGACCAACCUCAGGAAGCAACUGAGACCAACGCGGCUGCCUCCAAAGGGUCAGAUGACGACUCGAUCAACCUGCCGGAUCCAGAGGAGUUCCCUGAAGACCCGCAUGGGGAUCCCGCAUCGCUCCAAGCCACCCUUGACUCUCUCCUUCCACACGACCAACUCAAGCGACUCAUCAAACAACGCAAGGUUUUCCACGAGGGUUGGCGAGAGGGCACCAUCACCUUCUUACCGACUUAUAAGUAUGAUGUCGGUACUGUCACGCUCUUCGACUCCAGCGAGAAGCGCCGGCCGCCUAGCUGGUGUGACCGGGUCUUGUAUCGCACCCAUGAAGACAUGCAGAGGUACGAGAAGAAAGUCAAGGAAGAGGAGGACACACGCAAGAAAGAUGAGGAGAUGAAGGCCCGAGGCAUGGAAGAGGGCGUUGACGACGACGUCCUAUUCUCGUACGACCCCGAAAAUGAUGGCGAGGAACAACCAACUUCAAAGAGUCUAGAGUACGACGAAUAUGACGAGGCCGAGGACGGAGGCGGUGACGAAAACCCCAGUCAACCGGGCCACGACAGGUUACGGCUUGAGCUUUACACCUCCCACCAGAGGAUUACGUCGUCAGACCACAAACCCGUUACAACCAUUUUCACGCUGGAUUACGAUGCUGUCGUCCCCGAAUUAAAGGGCAAGGUGCAUGCUGAGGUUGCGCGAGAGCUGGACAGGGCGGAAAACGAGGGGCGGCCGGUAAUCACUGUUGUGGUUGACCGCCACGAUCCUCGAGAUCACCCACGACUUGACGACUCGGACUCCCCAACGCACAUUGACCUCGGGGAGAUCCGAUUCCUCGACAAAAAGACUGCUACACUGACGCUAGCGAAUACCGGUGGUGUCCCUGCAACCUUAUCCUUCCUCGAGAACCAGGCAACAAACGACACAGAGUGUGACAAUCCAGCCCAGACAACAUGGCUGAUGACCUCUUUUGUGCACCCGGAGGCCGCAGACGAUGACACCGAGCCCGUCGACGUUGGGAGAGAGGUUACGCUACAGCCUGGGGAGACACUCAAUGCUGUGCUCGAUGCCUCGGUUACCGAAGUGGCGCACGCCCAAAUGCUUAAUGCAGGGCAAUCGACCUUGGAGGAGGUUCUUGUGCUCAGAGUAACAAACGGUCGAGACCACUUUGUCCCUGUUCGCGCGUCUUGGUCGCCCACCUGCAUUGGCCGCUCCGUUGAGGAGCUCAUCCGGGUCCCCGAUAGCGGCAUCCGAGCCUUUGCCCAUUCGCUCUCAAAACAAAAAGGCAGCACCGGCCCGAUCCCGCAUGAUCUGCCUGCCCACCGGCCAGCUCCCAGAGAGCUUUUCCAACUCACUGAAGCGAUUGAGACCGUAACCCAACGAGUGGUGGCCGACGCCCAGAUGCUGGAAGACUGCACCAUCCCCUCCGACCCCGGCUGGCCGUUCGACGAAGCCGCCUGCAAAUCCACCGACGUCGACACCCGAACAAACCACAUCCUCUCCCUCCUUUCCGCCCUCGACCAGAACACCCCCCUCCCCUCCGCAUUCCCCCCAGAAACCCCCUCCUUGCACCGUCUCGAAGCCCUCUCCCAAACCCUCCUCCUCUUCCUGCGCGGCCUAACCGACGGCAUCGUCCCGGCCGCACUCUGGGCACGCAUCGAAGAUGCCGCGCCUUCCAUCCCCUCCCUCACCAACCCCGCCACCACCGCCGGAACAGACGACGCCACUCUCAACACGGACCGCUCCACCCUCCUCGACAUCCUACAGUCCGCCCCCAACCACAACAUCUGCUUCGUCUUCCUGACCACCACCCUCGCCCGCGUCGUGUCCGAGCUAGCGCCCUUGUCUAGGAUCGACUUGGAGGUUAUCCGGAACGAUCCCGCUGCGUCGCCGUCGUCGGCUGGCCCCGCGGUGAGGGGUGCUGGGAUGGGGAUUGGCGGCGUGUUGGGCGGGGUGGGAAGGAAGUCACUGAGUUUGGUGAGGAGGGGGACGAUUGGUGGUGGUGGCCCGGUGGGGGAGGCGUUGGCGAGGUUGGAGAGGAGGAGGGUGAGGGAGAGGAGGGUGGUGGAGGUUUUUGGGGCGGUGGUUUGUCGUGGGUUGGGUGAGGAGGGGGCGAAGGAGAGGAGGGUCGGGGAGGCGAGGAGGCGCGCGGUGAUGGAGUUGUUUUUGAGGCGGAGGGGGGACUGA